UAUCUUUUUUGACCGACGCACUUCGUCACAUGGGCAUGGGCAGCACCGACGGCAGGGGCAUGUCAUUGCCGUCGUCCAUCAUCAGCGCCGCAUCGUUCAUGUCCUCGUCAGCAGCGCCAUUAUUGUUGUUGCUGCUGUUGUGCUGCCGUGUGGGUGAGGACAACUGUGUGUUGGUGUGCAGCUGGUAGCCGUCGGUCGAUGGGUCCAGGGGCAGCCGCGACAGCAGAAUGAAGAUCAUCGGCGAGGUGCGGCGGUCGGCUCCCGUCGCCUGCACUCGCAAGCGCCAACGAAGGUGCUGUGUGAGUGUGUGUGUGUCCGUCCAGUGUGUGUGUGUUCGUGCUGACCAGGAGGCCGUCGAAGGUUGUGAUUUGAUGGAUGACGGGCAGCCCCGACAGCCGCUUGACGAUCUCCGCUAUGCCGAUGCACUUGCCCAUUGCAGUGAACCCAGACGUCAGCAUCACGGCGCCAUACUGACGGUUGAAUGCACAGCAAGAAUGUCAAGACAAAUGUGAUUAAUCAGUGCGGAUCUCUCUGUGUACCUUGUCGAUGCGGUUGAGUGCCUCUUGGAUGUAGUCCUUCAUCUGUUUGCGGCCUGCUGAUGACACCGCUAGAUACUGAGGCGGCCUCUCCCCUGCCUCCGCCCUCUUGGCCACCUGCUCGUCGGAUAUGGAACGGGAUGGGCCCGGCUGAGGAGGGCUGCCGAACAAGUACGCUGCGCUCGUCAUGACUGGCCUCCUGUCGGCCUCCACCGAUG